AUGACGCCACACUCUGAGCCGCUGGCUCCCCCACGGGAUCUCAGCCACCACUUCACGCGCGCCACCAAGAACCGCCAGGCGUCGGCCAUCAAGAUGUUCUACAAGUUCUUCCAGAUCCCCGGGAUAGGAAAUCUAGCUGGAGGUCUUCCCAACGUCAGCCUCUUCCCCUUUGACACCCUCGAGGCGCAAAUCGCCAAACCGGAGCGCUGGGAUCCCACGCCCAACGAGCCUGGCCCGCCAUCAGCCUCCCACAUCACCGUGCCCAAGACCAACUCAGAAGCCGACCCGCUCAAGAAGAUUGAUCUCUCCACGGGCCUCCAGUACGGCACCGCAGAGGGCUACCCACCGCUGAGGAGCUUCAUCCGCCAGUUCACCAGGAAUCACCUCCACCCUCAUGUUCCCUACCUGAACGGGCCCGAGGUCAUCCUCACGUGCGGCAGCACCGAUGGCUUCCACAAGACGAUUGAGAUGCUCAUGGAGCCCUGGCUGCCCGACCGCGAUCCCGUCGAGGCCAGGCCCGGCAUGCUGUGCGAGGUGUUUGUCUACAUGAACGCGCCCGACACCGCCAGGCCCAAGGGCGCGCAGAUGGUCCCCGUCGAGGUCGACGCCGAGGGCAUGCUCGUCCACGGCAAGGGUGGUUUGCAGGACGUCCUGGAGAACUGGGACCCCAGGAACGGCGCGCGGCCGAGGCUCAUGUACUCGGUCACCAUGGGCCACAAUCCCACAGGCGGCGUGCUGUCGGUCAAGAGGAGGAAGGACAUUUACAAGCUGUGCUGCGAAUACGAUGUCAUCAUCGUGGAAGACGACCCUUACUGGUACCUGCAGUACCCCUCGGCCGCCGAGGAGGAGGCCAAGUCGCGCGAGCUCCCCUUUUCCAUCCGCGAGCACUACAAGCCGACAAAGUCGAGUGGAUACGAAUUCCUCGACUCGCUCGUCCCCUCGUUUUUGAGCAUGGACGUCCAAGGUCGCGUCAUCCGCCUCGACACAUUCUCCAAGACGAUUGCUCCGGGCUGCCGUCUGGGCUGGAUCACGGCGCAGCCCGCCUUUAUCGAGCGUCUUCUCCGCAUCACAGAGACGACCACACAGCAGCCCUCGGGCUUUGUGCAGACCAUGGUGGCCGAAGCCAUCAUGGGGCCCCAACCACCCGCCGCCACGCGAUCCUUCCUCUCCCUCUCGCGCAGCGAGCAGCAGUCCUUUGAGGGCUGGCAGACCGACGGUUGGGUCCGCUGGCUCUCUGGUCUACGCGGCGUCUACGAGCGUCGCAUGAACACCAUGGCCUCUCUCCUCGACGAGCACGCCUACCAACUCAAGCAGUCCACGCCCGUCGCCGACCAAGACGCCGAGUGGGGCGUCAUCUCCAAGACGAAGCUCAUGAGCUUUGACUGGCCCCGCGGCGGCAUGUUCAUCUGGCUGCAGAUGCACUUUGAGUCGCACCCGCUCUUCAACGCCCGCGGCACCACCUACCCCGUCCUCGACGGCCCGCUGAUGAGCAAGGCCCUCAUGGUGCACCUGACAAAGGCGCCUUACAAGGUACUCGCGGCGCCGGGCACCAUCUUUUGCGCGAACGAGAGUAUCCUCGCCGAGCGUGGAUGGCGCUUCUUCCGGCUGUGCUUUGCGGCGGAGGAGGAUGAGGCUGUGGGGCCGAGCGCGAGGAGGUUUGGCGAGGGCGUGCAGCGGUUCUGGAGGAUCAAGAAGGUCGAGACCAUUGAGAAGCUGGUGGACGAGCUUGACUAG